AUGGCUGUCUCAGUGCUACAGCUGACAGUUGUUUGGGGACUGCUUGUCUUAAUCCUGACUUGCCAAGCCGAUAACAAACCAGAGAGCAAGUCAGAUGACAAGCCAGAUGACUCGGGCAAAACCCUAGAACCAGCCUUUCCAAACUUCCUAAGCCUCUUGGGCUCGGAGAUCAUUGAGAAUACGGUGGAGUUCAUCAUCUGCUCCAUGAUGAAGAGCAAAGGAUAUAUGAAAUGUGAUGAGAAAAAAGAAGAAGAUUCAUCAGAGUGA